CCUGGAGGGGCCCGGCCGCCGGGAGGCCUCGCCCGGGUCAGGCGCGGGGUCGGGCAGGGUUGGUGUCCCCGGGCAGCGCUGCCAGGCCUGGCUGGAACCGGGAGCGAUACCGGAGGGGUUGGGGAGAGCCCCGGGACAGCCCCGAGUGCUCAGGGCCCUCCAGUGUCCAGCCGCUCCUCAGCGCACCGGUCCCUAAUCCCGGGAAUCUCCUAACCCCGGGAAUAUCCUAAUCCCGGAAACCCCCCGUGCGCUUCAGCACUGCCCAGCCUCUGCACACCGCAGCUUGCCCUGUCUCGGAGGGCAAAACUCUGCCCGUGUGGGCACCCCGUGCGGCCGCGGCGGCUCUGGCUGUGUUCUGAUCCAGAGCAGGUUUAGUUCACCCUGAGCUGUUUCCAGAGAUAAAACCGCUCCUGUUUGCAUCCAGAGCCAAGGGAAGCACUGCUGGAGCUGCAGCCUCUGCACCAGCAGCUGAAACCGGGCAGGAGAGAUGGCUGAGAGCUCCCAGCCCACAGAAACGGCACCAGGCAAACGGGAUUUCCAAAAUCCUGCUGCGUUCCUUGGGCACCCUGCUUAGAAGAGGUUUUAAAACACGUCUGGAGCGUCUACUGAGUCUCGCAGCAGGCUGGAGAGGUGGCAGGGGUGCUGGGGCAGGGUCCCUCGCUGCCGGCCGUGGCGAGGGAAAUGCCGCUGUGGCGAGCGGCUGCUGCCCCCGGCUGGUCCCUGCCCCGCACUGCUCCUUCCCCGGCUCUGUCCCAGCUCCAUCCCCUUUCCCGGCUCUGUCCCAGCUCCAUCCCCUUUCCCGGCUCUGUCCCAGCUCCAUCCCCGUCCCCGGCUCUGUCCCUGCUCCAUCCCCUUUCCCGGCUCUGUCCCAGCUCCAUCCCCGUCCCCGGCUCUGUCCCUGCUCCAUCCCCUUUCCCGGCUCUGUCCCAGCUCCAUCCCCCUCCCCGGCUCUGUCCCUGCUCCAUCCCCUUUCCCAGCUCUGUCCCAGCUCCAUCCCCCUCCCCGGCUCUGUCCCUGCUCCAUCCCCGUCCCCGGCUCUGUCCCAGCUCCAUCCCCCUCCCCGGCUCUGUCCCUGCUCCAUCCCCUUUCCCAGCUCUGUCCCAGCUCCAUCCCCGUCCCCGGCUCUGUCCCUGCUCCAUCCCCUUUCCCAGCUCUGUCCCAGCUCCAUCCCCCUCCCCGGCUCUGUCCCUGCUCCAUCCCCGUCCCCGGCUCUGUCCCUGCUCCAUCCCCAUCCCCUCCUCACGCCGCUUCCCGACUGAUUCACAGCUGAGAGCAGAGGGAAGCACAGAACCCGGAGAGAUAAAUGUCUGUAAUUAAGACUUUGCAUCUUUUUCUGCUGGAAUAUUUUUAACACCCUUCUCCCUCUCCUUUUUUUGUUGGUGCAGGUGCUCUUUCCCCCAGGAUUUUUGGGGCAGAGCCAUUCCCGAUGCUGCGUUCUGGAUCCAAAUGGGGCUUGUGGGCUGCAGCUCUUUUGAUGGCUUUGCUCUGUCACAAGGUUUCCCAAACUGGAAGGAGAAUUCCCCUGGCGCCGGUGACCUCCUGAGGUGGUUCCUGAGUGUGGGAUGGAGCUGUGGAGCAGGGCAGACCCCCAGCUCCGCGAGGUCGUGUGCUUCUCCCUGCGCUGCCGGGCCCUGGCGCUGCUGCUGCAGGCUGUGUUUAACCUGCUGAUCCCGGACCAUGCUGCUGACGCCUUCUCCCCUCCUCGCCUGGGCGCUCCGGGCGCGUGGGACGCGCUGCUGGAGCGGCUGCUGGGCGGGCUGGCGCGCUGGGACGGCGAGCAUUUCCUCUUCAUCGCCGAGCACGGCUACCUGCUGGAGCACAACUGCGCCUUCCUGCCGCUCUUUCCGCUCAGCCUGCGCCUGGUGGCCGCGCUGCUGCCGCUGCCGCUGCGGCCCCGCAGCCGCCUGCUGCUCUCGGCCGCGCUGCUGAACGCGGUGCUGGCGGCGCUGGCAGCAGUGGCGCUGCUGGGGCUGGGCCGGGCCGUGCUGCGGGACCGGCGCCAGGCCUUCCUGGCCGCGCUGCUCUUCUCCCUCAGCCCCGCCGGUGUGUUCCUGGCGGCCGCCUACUCGGAGAGCACCUUCGCCUGCCUGGCCUUCAGCGCCAUGUGGCGGCUGGAGAAGGGGCAGGACUGCCUCAGCGGGCUGCUCUUCUCGCUGGCUGCUGCUGCCCGUGCCAACGGGCUCGUCAACGCCGGCUUCGUCCUCUACUCCCGUGCCAGGCGCUUUGCCCUCCAGCUGCAGGGGGGAUCAGCACCCUUGCUGUGGAAGCAGCUCCUCAGCCUGGCAUCUUCAGCAGCCCUGAUGUGUGCUGGGAUUUUUCUGCCUUUUGUUUUGUUUCAGUACUAUGCCUACGUGAGGUUCUGCAGCCCUGGCACGGGCCUGGCUCAGAGUGUUCCCAAGCCGCUGCUGCAGCUGGCACGGGACAAGGGCUAUCGUGUGGCAGGCACGACUGGGGCUGAGCCCCCCUGGUGCUCCCAGCGCUUCCCUGUGGUCUAUUCCUAUAUCCAGGACACUUACUGGAACGUGGGCUUUCUGAGGUACUUUGAGCUCAGACAGAUCCCAAAUUUCUUGCUUGCUCUGCCUGUCACCCUUCUGUGCUCGUGGGCUGCCUGGACCUACGUCAGCACAAACCCCCGGCACUGCCUGACUCUUGGUCUAGAGAGGAGGAAGACUGAAGAGAGGGGCAAGGCCAGAGAUGGAUUUUGUGGCCCUGCUGCCUUCGUGUACGUGGUGCACAGCACGGCCCUGCUGCUGUUUGGGUUCUCCUGCAUGCACGUGCAGGUGCUGACCCGGUUCCUUGGCUCCUCCUCUCCCAUCCUGUACUGGUUCCCAGCUUACCUGCUUCAGGAACACGAGCCUUUACUGCAGAGCACAGGGACUGAUAACCCAAAAUCUGGGAAGCCUCUUCUGGGUAAAUCUGCCAGUUCUUGUGGGAAAGGGACCUCGGAUAACCCUGUUGUAACCCUGCUGCUGAACUGGCGAUCGCUUACCCCGCUCAGCAAGAGCAUCCUGGGCUUCUUCCUAGGCUACUGGCUGCUGGGGCUGAUCCUGCACUGCAACUUCUUCCCGUGGACGUAGUGGGGUGUGCUGGCACAGGCCAGCCUGGACAGGAGCUCUGCUCAGGACUGAAUCUCAGCUGCUCUGGAAGCCUGAGGAGGCUGUGACGGCGCUGCUGUUGCAGUUACAAAGGGGUUGCUCCAUGUCCAAGACGGGGUGUUCUCUGCGGGGUGAUGCUGCAGCGUCCUGCCCCGUUCAGCUGGCCUCGCUGAACGCCAAAAUUCCCAUCAGCUGCUGGGACGGGGAGUGCAGCUCGGUUCCUGCAUCUCCUGGCGGAGGUUAUGGCAGGCGCAGAUGUGGCAGGAUCCCGUGAUGGAUUCGGGGAUUCCCUGGGACGUGUUGUGGGGAGGCUGCAGCUGCCCUGAGCUCUCAGACUGUUUUGGCUCCGAGUGCGGGUUCCGGGCUCCGAGCCGGGCUGGGCAGGAACACGGCGGGGCUGUGGGCACAUGCACGACCCCAAUAAACGAGUGGAAGGUA